AUGCUGUCGUUUCUCCACCGCCUGGCGGUUGUUGCCAUUCUUCUCGCAACUCGGCCGUGCCAUGCAUCCCGUCCUGGUCACUCUCUCCGGUCACCAGAGUAUGCCCCAGGAGGACAUGUGAACGCUGUUUAUUUCGUCAACUGGUGCAUUCAUGACAGAGGCUUUUACCCUCAGCAUAUGGAUGUAUCCCACAUCUCUCACGUACUCUACGCAUUCUUGGGUGUCAAACCCGACGGAACAGUAUACUCUAAAGACGAACAUGCCGACUUUGUGGCACAAUUUAACGGAGACAGCUACGAUGAACAUAAAAGAAAUGCGUACGGAUGUGUGAAGCAACUUUUCCUGUUGAAGAAAUCCAAUCGUCAGCUCAAGACUCUGCUCUCCAUCGGCGGGUCGGGGGCCGGGUCUGCGAACUUCAGCUCGGCCGCAAGCACACCUGACAACCGUGCCAGAUUCGCCUCGACUUCAGUCGACCUGAUGUGGAAUUGGGGUUUCGACGGUAUCGAUAUCGACUGGGAGUUUCCGGAUGAUGAAAUCGAUGCUACUAAUUUAGUCCUCCUCCUUCAGGCUAUACGGAAUGAGCUCGACAUACAUGCAGGAAAAUACGCCUCUGGUCAUCGUUUCCUACUGUCUACUGCCGCCCCAGCUGCUCCUGAGCAUUACUUAAAGCUUCAACUGAACCAUAUGAGCGGAAUUGUUGACCAAAUCAACCUCAUGGCUUAUGACUACUCUGGAAGCUGGGAUCACAUCAGUGGCCAUAACGCCAACCUGUUCCCUUACAAACGUCCUGUCACAAAGCUCAAUAUCGACUACACCCUCAAUGAAAGCUUCGAAACAGCGAUCAAUACAGACUAUGCUAUCGGGGACUAUCUUAGAUCCGGGGUGCCCGCUGAAAAGAUUGUCCUCGGCAUCCCUGUCUUCGGUCGCUCCUUUGAAGAGAACUUGGGCCUUGGAAAGACCUUUAGUAGUGUUGGUAAGGGCUCCUGGGGGCAGCAAGGCGUCUGGGAUUAUAAGGCACUUCCCAAGGAAGGAGCUACAAUCAUAUACGAUCCAAUAGCCCAUGCUUCUUUCAGUUACGACGAGAGAAAACACGAAUUUAUCUCCUACGAUACUCCCAGCGUGGUUCAGGAGAAGGCAGAAUACGUGCUGGAGCAUGGUCUCGGCGGAACCAUGUUCUGGGAGGCUUCUGCGGACAAGAAGGGAGGUGAUUCCCUUAUCGGCACAAGCUAUUGCGUCUUGGGAAGCCUGGAAACGACACAGAACUGGCUGGAUUACACGAAUUCGUACUUUGACAAUAUUGCGACAAAGAUGGGUGAGGAAUAUAUCUGA